GACGUGGCUUCUUUCUUCUAUCCCAUUCUUAAUUACCUGAUAUAUAAAUACACCACCACACUCUUCUACAUUCUCCACUUCACAUAUACACUUGUUCUAUCAGUAUCACCCACCACUUUCUGUUUGUCUGUGUUUUCAACUUUUUUUUCCACCAUGGCUCCUCCUCCUCCUCCCAAUUCCACCACCCAAAAUAAUAAUAGCAUUGCUCCCUCAUCAUUUCAGGUAGAGCCUGCCCAGCAUGCAGCAGGGCCCAGCCCACUUGCGAAGAUGAUUGCUGUGGCGUCCAUUGCAGCCGGAGUACAAUUCGGCUGGGCCCUACAGCUCUCCCUGCUGACCCCUUAUGUCCAGCUACUUGGUGUCCCGCACAAGUGGUCCUCCUUUAUCUGGCUCUGUGGGCCCAUUUCUGGGCUGGUUGUCCAGCCCAUUGUGGGCUAUUCCAGUGAUCGCUGCACCUCCCGCUUUGGCCGUCGCCGCCCCUUUAUCUUUGCUGGCGCGAUCGCCGUCGCUAUUGCUGUCUUCCUCAUCGGCUUCGCCGCAGACAUUGGGUACUCCAUGGGCGACGACCUCUCAAAGAAAACCCGCCCCCGUGCUGUGGCAUUUUUUGUCAUUGGCUUCUGGAUCCUGGAUGUUGCUAACAACAUGCUCCAGGGUCCCUGCCGUGCCUUCCUCGGCGACCUUUCCACCGGCCACCACAGCAGGAUCCGAACCGCCAACACUAUCUUCUCCUUCUUCAUGGGCGUUGGUAAUGUGCUAGGGUACUUGGCUGGUUCAUAUGGUGGCCUCCACAAGAUCUUUCCCUUCACAGAGACGAAGGCAUGCGACGUGUUUUGUGCGAAUCUCAAAUCAUGUUUCUUCUUCUCAAUUACCCUCCUACUUGUCCUCUCCGGCUUCGCCCUCUUCUACGUACACGACCCUCCGAUCGGGUCGCGUCGUGAAGAGGACGACAAGGCUCCUAAAAACGUCUUCGUCGAGCUCUUCGGGGCGUUUAAGGAGCUAAAGAAGCCGAUGUUGAUGCUGAUGCUGGUGACCUCGCUCAACUGGAUCGCGUGGUUCCCGUAUGUCCUUUACGACACUGAUUGGAUGGGUCUUGAGGUGUACGGUGGGAAAUUGGGCUCGAAGGCGUACGAUGCCGGCGUUCGUGCCGGCGCGUUGGGGCUGGUUCUGAACUCGGUGGUGCUUGGUUUGAUGUCGCUGGCGGUGGAGCCGUUGGGGCGUUAUCUUGGCGGAGUUAAGAGGCUGUGGGCGAUCGUGAACAUUAUUCUGGCUGUUUGCAUGGCGAUGACGAUGUUGAUUACUAAGGUGGCGGAGCACGAUCGACGUGUGAGCGGCGGCGCCACCAUUGGGAGACCGACCCCCGGGGUGAAGGCCGGUGCCUUGAUGUUCUUCGCCGUACUCGGAAUCCCUCUUGCGAUUACUUAUAGUGUACCAUUUGCUCUUGCAUCAAUAUACUCUAGCAGUACUGGAGCUGGUCAAGGUUUAUCUUUGGGAGUCCUUAAUGUUGCGAUUGUCAUUCCACAGAUGAUUGUAUCAGCAUUAAAUGGACCGUGGGAUUCUUUGUUUGGUGGCGGCAACUUGCCGGCGUUCAUCGUGGGUGCGGUGAUGGCUGCUGUCAGCGCCGUAUUGGCAAUGGUUUUGUUGCCUUCUCCAAAGCCAGAGGAGAUGGCAAAGGCUUCAAUAAGCGCCUCAGGUUUUCAUUAGUAUCUCCCUCCUUUGUUAUGAAGGAAAAAAUUGAAGACUCUAAUUAGAAGUUGGUGUGUGCUUUAGGUGUUUUAAUACCCGUCAAAUGCUAUCUUUAUCAUUUUUGUGGGAUAUAACUUCGGUUUGACUGUAUAUAACCUUUUGGUUAGAGAAAUGUAGUAACAGAAUUGUUGGUUUCUCUAUUUGAUAACAACAUAUAGAUCUGUCCUAAUAAA